GCAGGGGGAAGCUCAUCAAGCAAGCAGGCCGGGGUUGAAAUGGAUGUGACAGUCAAGCGUCAGAGGAAUCGGAUUAUGCGUUAUGAUUGCAAAGCUCAUAUGAUUGUUGGCCUCAGGGGCAAUAAGUGGGUUGUUACCUACUUUGUUGCACAGCAUACACACCCUUUGAUGCAGCAUGAGGAGAUUGUGAGGUUCUACCGCUCACAUCGCAAAAUUCCAGAAGAAGAUUACCAACUACUGAUGACAAUGCAUGAUGUAAACUUGUCAACUACAAAUUGCAUGGGAAUGCUUGGAAUGGUCCAUGGCGGAGACCGGAGGAAACUGCCAUAUGUGAAGAGGGAUGUUUCAAAUGCGCGUUCCAAGCUGCGACAAAAUCAGUCAUUUCAGGACAUGGAUAUGACGGUUGCUUACUUUAAGAGGCGUCAAGCUGAGAAUGCUCAAUUCUACUAUGCAACAGAAGUUGACAAAGAAACAAACGAAGUGACAGCUCUGUUUUGGGUGGAUGGAAGGACAAGAGCAUUGUACCCAAAGUACAAAGAUUGUGUGUUCUUUGACACAACAUUUUGCACAAAUCGGUACAAUCUGCCUUUCGCUCCUAUUGUUGGUGUGAACAACCACUUGCAAACCGUGCUGCUAGGUUGUGCCUUGGUGCCAAAUGAACAAAUAGAAACUUUCAAGUUUGUGUUUCAACAUUGGAUGAUUGCAAUGAAUAAUGAGCACCCGUUGAACCUAAUGACUGACCAGGACAAGGCAAUGGAAACAGCAAUAAAAGAUGUCUUCCCAAACACAGUGCAUAGGUGCUGCAAAUGGCACGUCCAGCGAAAAGCAAGGGAAAAGUUGGGUAGGAUCCUGAGCAUGGAUGAAAAUUUUGAGCAGGUUUUCUAUGGGGUUAUCAAUGAUUCGGAGACGGUGGAUGAGUUCGAGGAGAAUUGGCAGCAUAUGCUGCAUUGCUUUGAAUUGGUUGACAACAGACAUCUAAGCAACAUGUGGCGUAAGCGAGAGACAUGGGCUCCAGCAUACUUCCGAAAGAACUUCUUCCCAUUUACAAGCACUACAGGGCGGUCUGAGAGUCUCAACUCCUACUUCAAGACAUUUGUCAACCCUCAAGACUCUGUCUGGAGAUUUGUACAACAAUAUGAGGUGCUUCAAGAAACAAUGUUGGACCGUGAAGACAAUCAAGCUUUCAUAGGCCACGCAACAACUGCACCACUUUACUCAAGGUACAACUUUGAGCGCCAAGCAGUUCACUUCUAUACCCGAAGCGUGUUUCUCAAGUUUCAAAAAGAGGUCAUGGCAUCAACAGGCUUCAUCAUGAACCUGGCCCCUGCUCUUGACAAUGCAAGCGUGAGGUUUGAGCUGCACUCAAAUUACUUUGAGAACCCCCGAAUAUUUUCAGUGAAUGUUGUGUUGGCAGAGGAGAAGUUUGAAUGCAGCUGCAACUGUUUUGAGAUGAAUGGGAUUAUUUGUGCACACAUCAUAAGGGUAAUGGUGCAUCUCAAUGUCCAAAAAAUUCCACAAAGAUACAUGCUAGAGAGGUGGUCAGAAGCUGCGACAACGGCAAUGAGUGGUGGUGGAUGUCUCCUAGAUUUUGGGCACCCUGCAACCAACACUCUCAAGUACAACGCCUUGUGCAGAAAGUAUACAUGGUUGGCUUCACAAGCUUGCAGCAACGAUCUUGCCUACAAAAUAAUGAAUGAUGCAGCUCACCAACUUGAGCCCCUCAUAGCUGCAGCAAAGCAAGGGGCGCUCCCAGAACAACAGGAAGCAAAUCAGCCGCAAGCAAUGCAACAGCAACAACAAACCCCCGAGCCAACCACUGUGCCGCAACCUGAUGGCGAUGCCAUGCUUCAGAACCCCGCACGUGUUCCAAAAAAAGGGCGUCCGACUGAAAAAUCAAAGAGGAGAAAGACUCUGCUUGAGCAACGAGAAGAUGCACAUAAGAAUAAAGCUAAGAAAGAUGAAAAGAAGCAAACCAAGCCCAGAGGAAAACCUGGACCAAAGAAGAAAGCGCCUCCUUGUUCGUACUGCAACGAAGAAGGUCACGGUGUCCAAACAUGCCAGUACUUGAAGGCUGCAAUGGGGGUCAAAAAAUGUCCCUACUGUGAAGAGCAAGGUCAUGCUGUGCAAGAAUGUCCCUACCUAAAAGCUGCAAUGAAGACAGAUGCUAGCAUGGCUAGAGCAACAGAGCUUAGGCUGUGAUCAACUUCGACCAGAAAAAGAAAAAGAAAACUCUCUUGCUACUACACAUUUGUAAUAUUGGUUACAUAGAUUAGUUUCUUGACAAAGAGAAUGGUGCAAUUUACAUUAGAGGACAAAAAGUAGUUAUUUCAUCA